UGCCAGCAAUCUUGCAGUGUGUGUGUGUAUAUAUAGACACACACACACCACUCCAGGUUCAGCACAGCAAAAACUUACUCUUACAUUCUUGCAGAGUUAAGAGUUACAGUGUGUGUGUGUGUGUAUGCUUCCUGCCUUCUAUACAAGAGAACAGAUUCACCUGAGAAGAAAGAGUUUGCAUCAGAGGAUCAAGAGUGAAGCAGACAUGCAAGAAGGGCACAUAUACUCGAGGAGGGCGCUGCUGCUCGCUCCUCUGCGCAGCUACAAGGAGAAUGCUGCCGCGAGCCAGGUGGUGGCAGGGCAGGAAGCUCCGGCGGCCGACGUCGUCAACGAUAGCGGUGGCAGCGGGAGUAGCUUCGACGCGAACGUGGUCAUGAUCCUGGCCGUGCUCCUGUGCGCGCUCAUCUGCGCGCUGGGGCUCAACUCCAUCGUGCGGUGCGCGCUCCGGUGCUCGAGCCGGAUGUCGCCCGGCGGCGAGCAGCAGCAGACGGCCGAGCCGGGGCUGUCGGUGACCGCGCGGCUGGCGCAGGCCAGGGCGCGGAGGAAGGCGCUGCGCGCGAUGCCGACGAUAGUGUACUCGGCCGGGCUGCUGCCGCUGCAUGCGGCAGGCGGAGGCGGCGGCCCCGUGUGCGCCAUCUGCCUGGCCGACCUGGAGCCCGGGGAGCGCGUCCGGGUACUGCCCAAGUGCAACCACGGCUUCCACGUCCGCUGCGUCGACCGGUGGCUCCUGGCACGGUCAACGUGCCCGACGUGCCGGCAGUCACUGUUCGGCUCGCCGCAGAAGGGCUCCGGCUGUGUCGAGGCCGAGGCCGGCGCCGAGCCGCCGGUGCGGGCGUUCCUCGUGCCGCUCCGGCCGGAAGGUUUCAUCGCGCCGUACGAUUUUUAGACUAAGGGCAGCUCCAGCAGAAUCCUCAUACUACCGUGCUGUUAAUACUGUGGCAAGAUUUGCCGAUCGUCUAGGUAGCAAACAGCUCCAGCAAAACCAGUUUUCUACUACUACAGUGAUGGAGUCAGGAGAGAGGAUCGCUAUUUUUGU